AGCUUAUCACUGGGGACUGACUCCAACGUUCUCACUCCUGGAGAGAGCUCGGACUGAGUGAGAGGGUCUGAUCCCAGCUGGAUCUGUCCAGGACCUUCUUCCUGUCUCCUUGCUGCCAACCCAGGUUACACCAGCUCGUCACCAGAUAUACCAUGGCCGCUGGCAGCAGGGUGUCAAAAUUGAAGAAUAUGUUUGAGACAAAAGCUAAAGAACAAGUUGAUCCAAGAAGGCACCGUAGCUUUAAGAAGUCUCAGACUUCAACGGCUCCCUCUGAAGCGUCUAAUCUGACAAAGUUGGGUCAUCUUAAACUGGAUCCAGCUGGUGAUAAGGCAACGCUGCCAGAUCUGGAAAAGUCUGGAAGUGAUCAUAUUUUCUCCAAUGCAAGCAAAUUCAUGGCUUUGUUUAAGACAGGCAGUUUAGAUUCAGUCAUUCUUGAAAUCCAGUCUGAAUUGAAGAGAUUUCAGGAUACAGUGGUUCACAUUGCAGUGACUGGAGAAUCAGGCACUGGGAAAUCAUCUUUCAUUAACGCCUUACGGGGUGUCAGUGAUACUGAUGUGGAAGCUGCUGGAACAGGUGAAAUGGAAACAACCAUGGAACCGACAAAGUAUAAGUAUCCAAACCAGAACAGAGUGGUUGUCUGGGACCUUCCUGGGGUUGGAACACCGAAUUUUCAGGCUGCCACAUAUUUGGAGCGUGUGGUGUUUGACCGAUAUGACCUCUUUUGAUCGUCAGCACCAUUCGCUUCAAAGAGAACGAUAUGUUCCUGGCCAAGGCAAUUCAGGAGAGGGGAAAGAAAUUUUAUUUCAUCCGCAACAAGAUAGAUCAAGAUUUGGAGUCUAAGGAACGACGCAGCCAGUCACAAUAUGACCAAGAGGAAGCUCUCAGGGAAUUAUACCAAUCCUCCUUGGACAAUUUGACAAAGGGUGGGAUUGAAUUCCCUCGCAUCUUCCUGAUCUCUUGUUGGUACGUGGAGAAAUUUGACUUUGUGGCGCUCCUUAAGAAUUUGGAACAGGGCCUUCCAGAUCUCAAGGGACGUCUCUUCUCAUACUCUGUACCCAAUGUCACCUCCAAAGCCAUAGACAGGAAGAAAGAAGUCACGUUGAGUGAAAUCUGGAAGGAUGCUUUUUACUCAGCUGCAGCUGCUGCGGUCCCAGUCCUGGGUCUGACCACAGCCUACAGCAUUACCUUGUUGGUCACAAAACUCUCCCAACAUCGCGCCGACUUUGGGCUGGAUGAGAAUUCCCUCCGGAGACUGGCGAAAAAAGUUAGGAAGAAACCAGAGGAGCUCAAAUUGGCUAGGCAGUCCACAUUCGGAGUGGAGGUGUCUGCAGGACUCAUUAAAAAUGAGCUUUCCAAACUGUCAGGGCCAGCGAGUAAGCUGCAGACAGCUGUGAAAUACCUGCCUCUUGUUCGGCAGGUAAUAGCAGGGAAAGGUACUUAUACCACAACAUAUUCCUUGCUGAAGACAGCUAUUGAGGAGAUGGCGGAAGAUGCCAAAAGGGUGAUUGUGAAAGCCUUCAGUGAGAACUAGUGGAAAGGGGCUGCCUCUGAUUCCAAUUCUUCACUUUCUGGGACACAGAAUGACAAAAACUUACACAAACACCACUCACACUGCUCAGACUCAUUUACAAGCACUUCUCUUUGAAUUUGGGAUGCCCUUUAAAGUAGAAUCCUUUUCAAAUUUAGAAUCUUGCGUGGAACAUGAGACCUCAUUUAACUGCGGAAAGUAGUCGCUAGCUUUCAAAAAUAUAAUACAAAUCUCGAGCUAUCAAAAUGCAAGAAAGGUCACGAGAGUGAUCAAAGUCAUGACCUUCCAUUGGAUGGGUAUGAGAGAUUUAUCUGGUGCCCUAAGUACCCUCUGAUCAAUGCAGUGUUGGGGAAAUGAAAUUUUAACUCUUCGACAGAAAGAUAAACCAACUUCAGCUGAAGAGAGGCAAGUGGAGAAGACCAGAAGAAACCAUAAGCCUGCUCAGUCACUCGGAGAUCAUCGCUGAUCCUCAAUUCCACAUUUGUGCCCUUCUACCAUAACCCUGGAUUUUCUUUCUGAUUAAAAAUCUCGAUGGCUCAGCCUUGAAGACACUGAAUAACCCAGCCUCAAUAAUCCUCUGUGGUCAAGAUGUAGUACUCUCUCAGAGAGGAAAUUCCUCCUCAGCUCUGUCCCAAUUGGGUGAUUCCUUCCUCUGAGAUGAUGCUCUCUGGUCCUAGACUCUCUCACAAGGGGAAACAGUCUUUCCACAUCUACCCUGUUAAUUCCAAUAAGAACCUGUUAUGUUUCAAUAACCUGUCCUUUCAUUUAUCUAAACUCCAGUGAGUACAAGCUCAACCCACUCAACCUCUCGCCAAAAGGAAAUCCUUCCAUUCCCAGGAUCAAUGGAGCAAACCUUCUCUCUGAACAGCCUCUGAUGCCAAUUUCUCAUUACUUAUAUAAGGAGACGAAUGCUUUCUUAAACCUGAUGGUGUCCUGUUUAGACAAUAGUCAUCCUGACCUGAGUAGAUUGGGACAGCAUGGUGGCACAGUGGUUAGCACUGCUGCCUCGCAGCGCCAGGGACCCGGGUUUGAUUCCAGCCUCGGGGAGACUGUCUGUGUGGAGUUUGCACAUUCACCCCGUGUCUGCGUGGGUUUCUCCGGGUGCUCCGGUUUCCGCCCACAGUCCAAAGAUGUACAGGUCAGGGUGGAUUGGCUAUGGGAAAUUGUCCCAUAGUGCCCAGGGGUGUACAGGUUAGGGUGGAUUGGCCGUGGGGAAAUUGUCCCGUAGUGCCCAGGGAUGUGCAGGUUAGGGUGGAUUGGCCGUGAGAAAUUGUCCCAUAGUGCCCAGGGAUGUGCAGGUUAGGGUGGAUUGGCUGUGGGAAAUUGUCCCAUAGUGCCCAGGGAUGUGCAGGUUGGGGUGGAUUGGCCGUGAGGAAAUUGUCCCGUAAUGCCCAGGGAUGUGCAGGUUGGGGUGGAUUGGCUGUGGGAAAUUGUCCCGUAGUGCCCAGGGAUGUGCAUGUUGGGGUGGAUUGGCCGUGGGGAAAUUGUCCCGUAGUACCCAGGGAUGUGCAGGUUAGGAUGGACUGGCCGUGGGAAAUUGUCCCAUAGUGCGCAGGGAUGUGCAGGUUGGGGUGGAUUGGCCGUGUGGAAAUUGUCCCGUAGUGCCCAGGGAUGUGCAGGUUAGGGUGGGUUGGCCGUUGGGAAAUUUUCCCAUAGUGCCCAGGGAUGUACAGGUUAGGGUGGGUUGGCCAUAGGGAAAUUGUCCCGUAGUGCCCAGGGAUGUGCAGGUUAGGGUGGAUUGGCCGUGCGGAAAUUGUCCCGUAGUGCCCAGGGAUGUGCAGGUUAGGGUGGAUUGGCUGUGGGAAAUUGUCCCGUAGUGCCCAGGGAUGUACAGGUUAGGGUGGAUUGGCCGUGGGGAAAUUGUCCCGUAGUGCCCAGGGAUGUGCAGGUUAGGGUGGAUUGGCCGUGGGGAAAUUGUCCCGUAGUGCCCAGGGAUGUGCAGGUUAGGGUGGGAUUGGCCGUGGGGAAAUUGUCCCGUAGUGCCCAGGGAUGUGCAGGUUAGGGUGGAUUGGCCAUGGGAAAUUGUCCCGUAGUGCCUAGGGAUGUGCAGGUUAGGGUGGAUUGGCCAUGGGAAAUUGUCCCGUAGUGCCCAGGGAUGUGCAGGUUGGCUGUGGGAAGCUCCCCAUAAUGUUCAGAGAUGUAUAGGUUAGGAUGGAUUAGUUACAGGAAAUGUAAGCUUAUAGGGUAGGAGGAUGUGGAUGGGACUGUGUGGGUUGCUCUUCGGAGGGUUGGUGUGGACUUGUUGGGCCAAAUGGCCUAUUGCCUCACUGUGGGGAUACUAUGUCCCUUGGCCAUUUACUUGGUGGAUUCAAAUAGGCAUUUAACACAGAAUACAUUACCCAGUCCUGAAAACAGGGUAUGUCAGGAAGUGCUCAGAAUGUCCUCAGUAACCUGUUUUCUCCAGAUGGAAGAUGGACCAGAAGCAGAGUAGGAAGAACCUGGCAAGAGUUCCCGAACACCUCAACUGAGGUCAGAGUUUAAGGAUAAGGGGUGAAUCUUUUAGGACUAAGGUGGCAAGACGUUUCUUUACCCAGAGUGGUGAAUCUGUACAAUUCACAAUCACAGAGAGUGAUUAAGGCUAAAACAUCAUGUGUUUUCAAGGUAUAGCUCUAAAGGGAAUCAAGGGAUAUGGGGAGCAUGGGAUUAAUGUACUGAGUUGGAUGGUCAGCCAUGAUCACAUUGAAUCGUGGAACAAACUUGAGGAGUUUUAAUGACCGACUCUUGCCCCUAACUUCACUGUUUCGAUGAAGAGAUGCCCACAAAUGGAGAAGAGGCCAUCCGCUGCACCCGAUGUAGACUCCUCUACAUAGGGGAGACAGGCCGCCAACCUGCGGAACGUUUCAAGGAACACCUUUGGGACACUCGGACCAACCAACCCAACUUACCCGUGGCUCAACACUUCACCUCCCCCUCCCACUCCACCAAGGACAUGCAGGUCCUUGGACUCCUGCAUCGCCAGACCAUAGCAACACGACGGUUGGAGGAAGAGCGCCUCAUCUUCCACCUGGAAACCCUCCAACCACAAGGGAUGGACUCAGAUUUCUCCAGUUUCCUCAUUUCCCCUCUCCCCACCUUGUCUCAGUCCCAACUCUCGAACUCAGCACCACCUUCCUAACCUGCAAUCUUCUUCCUGACCUCUCCGCCCCCACCCCCACUCCGACCUAUCACCCUCACCUUAACCUUCUUCCACCUAUCGCAUUUCCAACGCCCACCUCCCCCAAGUCUCUCCUCCCUACCUUUUACCUUAGCCUGCUGGGCACACCCUCCUCAUUCCUGAAGAAGGGCUUAUGCCCGAAACAUCGACUCUCCUGCUCGUUUGAUGCUGCCUGACCUGCUGCGCUUUUCCAGCAACACAUGUUUAAGCUCUGAUCUCCAACAUCUGCAGGCCUCACUCUCUCCUAGAGAAUGAGUUGGUAUCCACACCCACAAACAAUUAUACAUUGGUGCAAGAUAUGAAAUAUUACCAGUUUCCUGCAUUUUGCUCAGAGAGAGGAAUGCUUUCCCUUGUGCUGUUUUGACAUUAUAAAUCCAGUUAUGAAUGUUCAGAAAUAGGGGGAAUAAUAACACCCACUCCAUAUAUCUCCAGCUAGGGACCCUCUGCAUCGUAAGAAAGCCAGGAGAAUGAAAAAUGGGGAUGGCUGUGCACCAUUUGGAAAUCAACCUCCCGCUUCCAGCGCACUGCGACAAUUUAAUAGUCUAACCUCACAGAAAAUCUCCAAUUCUCUCCAUUGACCAAUACCUCAGAAAAUAAAUCCCAGCAACACAAUGAGACAGUAGAAGGAAUUUAGAAACUCGAAGGACCUGAUAUGACUUGGUGCAUUAUGUCAAUCCAGCCCCAUGGUUGAGGGGAUUUGCUUUGUGCUUAGGAGCAAUGGAAAGCUUCAUAUUAACUGUCCCUGUAGCUUUUGUAUGCUAUUUGCAGAUAUUAUCAAUAAGUUAGAGAAUCAAACUUGUAUUUUAGACAUGGCUAGAUCACUGACAAUUAAUUACCAGAAAUCAGUGAGGAUCUUUCCUUCUUAAAGGGGCCAGUGUUAGAAAGUAAGAAUCUCUUUAUUUUUUGUGUUUUGUAUUUAAUAUUUCCUGUGUAUCAUUAGACAUGGUAACACCUCAACUUAAUAUGAGACAUGUUACAGUCGUGCUACCUUCUAUAAAGGUAAACAAAUCUCCAGCAUGUGAAAGUAUAAGAAAGGGAGCAGGAAUCACAGAGGUCAUCAUAUUCCAUUGAACUGACAUGGAAGAUUUAUCUGAAACCCUACUAUCAACAAUAUAAUGUCCCAUGCCCAUUGCCUGGGAGGGUCCAAAUGGGUGUUUGACACUGCAGAAGCUACUCGCUGCUAGAAUGAGGGUAUAUCAGCAAAUGUUCAGAAUCAGGUGACCAUCCUCAGCCCUGGCAGUCUGUGUAGGUGUCUAUUCUGUCAGGGAGUCAUCUUUUUCCAGGUGGAAAAUGGACCAGAAGAAAAGCAGGAAGAUCCAGGAAAGAAUUCUCUUGCACCUCGAUCAGAGAAUGGGAAGCUGCUUUCAGCACUUGAGCAAGACCGAUACCUUCUGUGCCCACAAACCCUUUGCUCUCCGGUACCAGUUGUCAAGGUGAUAAGCAUCCUUUUCUCAAUUAACUAAUAUAUCAUUAAUGUAAACUCCUUCUUCUUAACAAAGUCAAUAAACUAUCUGAAAAUUGCUAA